GCUAAGCUAACUGUUGCCAUGUUCGUAACGUAACCACGAAACACGCAUUCAGUCGUAUAUAGUCCUUUGCGCGUAUACAGUAUUAAUUUGGCACGCUUCAGUUGGACGGUUGGGGUAUGAACGGUUGCAACAGGAAAGGCGGGCAGAAACGAAAACACUUAUUUUAUUCCAUCAACGAUAAGUUACAAUUUGUGGAAUGUGGCAAUGGGUUCCAACACUCAUGAGCAUAAUAUACACAUACCCACUACAUGAAACAUCAAAGAUAUGCUGGGGAAGUUAGCUUUUGAGCUGUUAUCCUUUAAAUCGUUUAAUCGCUAAACAACAACAGCUGGCGGUAUCAAGUUGUGAUGAAAUAGAUUUAAAUAUUGAUAAGACAAGUUGACAACAGGUGAUCCUCGUUCCCGGGCGUAUUGCUGACUGACAGCUUCGGCGAGCCAUUCGGCGGUCAGACAUGAGCGUGAGUAAACCAAUCGCGUGCGGCGGCGGAGUCGAUAUGGGCGUUUACUCCAGUUGCAGAGCCCAGGCCAGGCGUAGUCAGUUUGGUCUACGAAGAGCUUCCAACACUUCAUAGUCGGUCUGUUACCUUCGCUCUCACAGCCGAGGUGAAAAUUCGACAUUUUCCAUCUGUUCACGGCGGAGGACGGCUUUUGAACGCUGAAACAGCGGCGGAUAUUUGCGCUCAGACAGGUUCUUGCAGCAGCCAGUUUGGAUUAUAAAAUUACAUUGAGGAUUAGUGGGUGAAAAUUGGCUCCAAUCUCGCGGCCUUUCCCCAUGAGGAAAGAUGGGGAAUGGCUUCUCGGAACAACCUAGUUUCCUGGCGAGCAUCCCAUUCUUCCAAUCCUUCCACAUCGCCAUCCUUGGGCUGGACUCUGCCGGGAAGACCACCGUGCUGUACAGGCUGCAGUUCAACGAGUUUGUCAACACGGUCCCCACCAAGGGUUUCAACGCAGAGCGGGUGCGGGUAUCCCUGGGCGGCCACCGCUCCGUAACCUUCCAGUUUUGGGACGUGGGCGGCCAGGAAAAACUGCGGCCGCUGUGGAAGUCGUAUACGAGAUGCACGGACGGCAUCAUUUUUGUGGUGGACUCGGUAGAUGCCGAGCGCAUGGAGGAAGCCAAGACCGAGCUCCACAAGAUCGCCAAGACUUCUGAGAACCAGGGGGUGCCGCUAUUGGUGGUGGCCAACAAGCAGGACUUGAGGCACUCCCUGGGCCUGCUGGAGAUUGAGAAGCUCCUGGCACUCAAGGAACUGAGCCCGGCGACCCCGUGGCACCUGCAGCCCGCCUGCGCCAUCAUUGGAGACGGACUCAGGGAGGGCCUGGAUCGACUAUAUGACCUGAUCCUGAAGCACAGAAAGGCGAUCCGGCAGCAGAAGAAGAAGCGAUAAAGACUGCAAGUUACUGGUGAAGGAAUGUCUGGGGUUAAAUCCAGCGUCUACAUUGGGGUCUCAAUUCUCAGAGUUUAAAGGUUUGUCAGGCUGUGUUCACACUUGUCAUGCUUUCAAAUGAACUCUGAUCCGAUGGCGUUCCCAGUGCGGUUCGUUAGGUCCAUCUAAAGCACACUUUGCAAUUAGAUUCAGACCAGUUCAUCAGGUUUGGUCAAGUGUGAACUUUUAUCAUCUGAACUGAAACCACUUUGGUCCCAGAUCUCCAUCUGCUUGCAAUUGGACUCAGAUGCAGUUUAGGUUCACUUGAGCUCAAGUGUGAAUGCUACACAGAUGAAAGAGGACCAGGUCUGCUUGAAGGAUUGGUCUCGGUCUUCAACUCUGGUGCAAUUCGGUUCACAUCAGCUCAAGUGGUGAAUGUGAUGCAGAGCCAAGAAGGUGGACUGAGACCGCUUGAAGACUUUGUCUCAGCCCACUUGCAAGCGAAUGGUGUCGGUUUGAUUCAAGUAUGACUGCUAAAUUUCAUCCAGUUAUGAAAAUGCGACAAGGCGGAUCAAAAAUCGUGUAUCGCAUCGUGUAUCUUUUUGGUCCAGACAGGAGUACUGUUCCACUUUGUUCGGUUCAAAUCAACUUCAGUGCGAGCGGUCUAGUGAAGUCGUUUGUUUGGUCAAACUAUAGCUGACUGUGUCCACUGAAAGAGGUUGUUGUCUCCGUCCCCACUAUUAGUGAACUUUGGUAAGUCGAGGUUCAUUGAAGCUACUCGGAUCAAAGAACCAAAUGUACCAUUUAUUGUUAGUCUGGACCACUCUUCCGUUUGCUUCAGUUAAAAGAAACUCUGGUGUUAUUGCCCUACUCAUUUGCUUGUUGAAACGCUAUUAGCCGUUCCCUAAGUGUAAGCGCUCCAUGUUUGUUUGGUGAAAACAAACCGGUCAGAUAGCUCUGCUAGUGCAUUUUGUUUUCAUCCGAUAUAUGCCGUCGUCCGUUCAAAUGACGGCAAAAAAAGUAAAUGUUGGAAGCGUCAAGUGUGAACACAGCCUUUGGUGAUGUGACCAUGCUGUGGAUCAGGAAGUGACGUUUAAAGGAACCGAGUAUGACGAUGAGAAAGUUCUCGACAAGUAUUGAUUUCAAGAUGUGAUCUUACACUCAGAAGGUUUGGGGUCUGGAAUGGUGGUGCAAAGUGUUAUUUGAAUGGCCAAUGGUUUCUCUAUUCUUACCAAAAACAUUUUAAAGGAAAAAAAAACUAGAUGGGUUAGAACUUUAAUGAAAUUUUCACUUUUUUUAUGCUAGCUCAUCACUUUUUUUUUUAACUACUUCAUAGACUCUAUAUGUGAAAGCAAAGUGUUAAUUGUGCAUUUUCAAUUGGUGUGGUUGCUCUGUUCUAUCUCCCACCGAAAGCACUUUAGAUGAUCACCUCUUAGGGAGUUUACAGUUUGUUAUCCGGACUUUUUUUAAGAUUAAUUAUUUGACACAUUUUAACAGAUGCUGAUUUGAGCCGGUUGCCGCGUUGUUUUUUUUCCUUUGAUAAAUAAAAACAUAUUGAGUGCACUGGUUAAAA